AUGCCCAACGUCCUCGUGCUCGGUGGCUCCGGCUACAUCGGCCUCGCUCUAUCCAAGUCUCUUGUCGCGUCGGGCAACUACACCGUCUGGGGUUCUGCGCGCAGCCCCGAGAAAGCCAAGCUCCUCGCUCAGAACGAAAUCACCCCUGUCGAAAGCGAUGUUACGAAUGCGGAAACACUGAGAACCAUCAUAAUUGAAAACGAUAUCGACAUCGUCGUUGACACGACCUCUGCUUACGAACAGGCCGCUCAAAUCCUGCAGGGCGUGACGGAUGCCGCAAAAGCCCGUCGCGAUGCACUGGCCAAGGAGCAAUUUAUCGGGCCUAAGCUUGGAUUUGUCUACUGCUCCGGAAUGUGGAUUCACGGUUCGCCCUCCGCACGAGUCAGCGAUCUUUCCCCGGUCGGGACCACAAUCUCGAAAGGAAAGUCCGCCACAGCAACUGCCUGGCGACCAGCCCACGAACAAGCCAUUCUCGCCGCGCAGGAUGUGCUCGAUGUCGCGAUUCUGAGGCCCGCGACGAUUUAUGGCCGUGGAUCCUGGGUCUGGAGUACCUGGUGGGAACCAGUUCUCAAGGCAAAGCAGAAUGGAAACAACAGUGACGCCAUCCAGAUCCCGGCCGAUGACAGGGCGCGCAGUCCAACGAUCCACGUCGAUGAUGUCGCAUCUGGCUUCCACGCCGCUAUUGAUCGCAUUGAUGGCCGACUGGGUGCAUGGCCGGUGUUUAACUUGAUCACAGAGACGAUCGGAGUGCAGGAGAUUACCGAGGCGGUCAAGGGUGCGCUCGGGGUUACAGCGCCUGUUGAGUACACCGGGACCCAUGGGAAUGUGUUCCUUGAAGCGUUGAGCCUAGUGAGCAAAACCGAGGCGUCGAGGGCUCGCACCGUCUUGGGUUGGGAGCCCAGACGGACGGAGUUUCUCCUCAACAUUCCGGUUUAUCUUCGUGCUUGGGAAGCAGCUCAAUAG